UGAGUUCUUGUCCCAGAAACACCCCAACCUUGGCAGAAUUUGGGGCCCUGGAAUGGAGAAAUCUCUAGGCUCUGUGGCCUUACCGGCAGGAAAAUCUUCUUCCAGAGGUCUGGGCAAAUAACGAAGUUAAUUGUUUACAUUUGGUGAGGGCUUUAUAAUUACCUAAUCCCCCUUCACCGGGUUAUGACCUGGGCCCUUGCAAUCCUUCCUCGCAGGGAUAGGUGUUUCCAUUCCCAUUUUUUAGAUGGGGAAACUGAGGUGCAGAGGUGACUUUGAAGUGACUCUCCUCAGAGUGACUUGUCACUUGUAAGUGACAGAGCUAGGACUUGGGGCCGAGCUGCCUGACCUCCAUUUCCGUGCUCUUUCCAGCAGGGGAAGUGGGGGGUGGGCUGAAUCAGGUGUAGCCCCUCCAGCCUGUUCCAGGUGGACCCUGAAUCCCGUGUUAGGUUCUGUUCAUCUGACCCCUUCCACGAGAGCCUUCCUUGAAGAUUAAUAGUUUAAUCUGUAGUGUCUGUUUCAAGGAAGCUAAAUUCCUGUCUGGGGUAAUUUAUUUUUAGCCCGCUUCAGGAAGGGGAAGCUGCACCGGCCUGUGGGGGGAGGGAGACACCAGGCUCGGAGCCGGCUUCCUGAGGAAAGGCCGCAGCCCGCGCCAUGCGCCUGACCGUGACCCUGAGACCAGACCAGGCAAGGCAGGCGGGAGCCACCCCAGGAAUGUCUUUCCCCUUCGCCUGGAGCAGGCGCUGAGCGGGGUGGGCGUUCUAACCGUGCCCUCCCACAUCCGGGGCACACAUCCUGGUCCUGGGGAGGCCCGGAGAGGGCGCCAGGGUGGGCGGGGAGGGCCGGGAAGUCCCAGGAACAGGUGGAAUUUGAGGAAAGCCUGGGAGGCCAGCGGGAGGGGCUGGGUGCUCAGCACGGGUGCGGGUGCGAGAACCCUGUGCAAGGCCGGCUACUCCGUCCCUAGGAAGGCCAGCUCACCCGGGGUCUGGACCGGGCAGGUGGGUGCCUUGGCUUCUGUGAAAGGACCUGGUAGGUCAGAGAGCAUGCCUGGGAACCUGGGAGCUGGCUCCUCAGACCUUCUCUCAAACAUGUUAGCCAUCACGAGGCCCUUCCUUCAAAUCAGAUCUCACAUGAGGUUCCAGUUGUACAAAUCAGAUAAAAGCUGUAUUUAAAAAAAAAAUUUUUUUUAAUGUCUAUUUAUUUUGGAGACAGAGGGCGAGUGGGGGGAGGAGCAGAGAGGGAGGGAGACACAGCAUCUGAAACUGUCUCCAGGCUCUGGGCUGUCAGCACAGAACCCCAUUUGGGGCUCAAACCCCUGAACCGCGAGAUCAUGACCUGACCCCAAGUCCAACGCUUAACCGACGGAGCCACCCAGGCACCCCAAAAGCUGUAUUUUUAAUUGGCAUACAUUUGGAUAUCUGAAUGUAUUAUACUCAGCUAAUCCAGAACAGUAACCUGUUGUGACACAGUCUUAUAGCAUCAGGCUUGAAAGACAGAUCGACCUUGGCUCCUUAUUUAUUUAUUUUUUCUUUCUUUCUUUCUUUCUUUUUAACCAAAGCACCUCACUCAUAUGGUCAAGCCAUUACAAAUGGUGACAGCUGUUUAACACCUCACUGUACAGUCUGAGGGUCUGUUCGAAAUUAAUUGCCUUGGCAACAAAGCCAGUGAAGCUACAGAAUGUGUUGGAAUGAGGUAUAUGUUACAUGUAGGGAGAUGGGUUUUCCAAAAUUGAUUUUUAAAAUAGAGGGGGGGCCCCUGGGUGGCUCAGUUAAGCGUCAGAAUCUUGAUAACCCUCAGGUCAUGAUCUCACCGUAGGUGGGAUCCAGGCCCUCCGGGGGCCCUAUGCUGACAGCGCGGAGCCUGCUUGGGAUUCUCUCUCUCUUCUCUCUGCCCCUCCCCUUCUCUUGCUCUCUCCCAUGAUAAAUAAACUUUAAAAUAGAACUUUACUUUCUGCGAUUUUGAAUCCGAUUUUUGAGCUGCUCUUGGAAAGACAUUAUGGGGAACCUACUUUAAGAGGGAAUUCAACCCUCCUGUGGCAGGUGGGAAGACAGAGGCCAACAAGGGGGCAGGGCUUACCCAGGAUCCCACAGGGGGAUGGAGAAGAUGGUCAGAUAUGCGGAGGGUGUCAUUGCUCCCGGUAAUUGCAAGUGUGUCCUGUUCCCAGGGCAGGAGGAGAAAGACGUCAGGGACAGACGCACCCCGGAUCAGCCAAGCGCUCGCCGAAUGCGUGUCUGCGUGUUGUGUGUGCGGCAUUAACGUUCCCUUCUCUUCCCGCAGCGAUGCCCUCCUAGCCAGCCGCCCCGGGAUGGAGGGCUUCAUGGACUCAGGGACACAGACGGAUGCCGUGGUGGUGCUGUCCUUGGCUCAGGCCGCCGUGCUGGGCCUGGUCUCGGAAAAUGAGCUCUUUGGAGCCACCAUAAGCCCCGAAGCCUUCUACCCGGACCUGGGGCCUGAGCUGUCCGGGCCGGCCAUUGGGGAGCCCGGGCCCCCGGGCCCCGACAUCUACCAGCUGGCCUGCAACGGGCGGGCCCUGGAGGAGCCGGCGGAAGAGGAGGUGCUGGAGGUGGAGGCGGCCUUCGAGAAGCACACCCGGCGGAAGACGCGACCGCCUGUGCGGCUGGUGCCCAAGGUCAAGUUCGAGAAGGUGGAGGAGGAGGAGGAGGAGCAGGAGGUCUACGAGGUGUCCGUGCCUGGUGACGACAAGGAUGCAGGCCCAGGGGAGGCCCCUGCCGAGGCGGCCAGUGGCGGCUGCGAGCCCCUGGUGCAGAGCAGCGCCGUCAAGAUGAUCGACCUCAGCGCCUUCAGCCGCAAGCCCCGGACGCUGCGGCACCUGCCCCGAGCCCCGAGGCCGGAGCUGGACGCGGCCCCCUACGACCCCCACUUCCCAGACCCGGCCCGGGACGGCUUCUCCGAAGCCGGCAUGGCGCUGCCGGGGCCGGAGGCCCUGCCCGUGGAGUGUGGCUUCGAGCCGCCCCACCUGGCCCCCCUGAGCGACCCCGAGGCCCCCACCAUGGAAUCCCCGGAGCCCGUGAAGCCGGAGCAGGGCUUCGUGUGGCAGGAGGCGGGCGAGUUCGAGGCCGACUCGGCGGGCUCGACGGCGGAGCGCCACAAGAAGGCCCAGCUGGACCGGCUGGACAUCAACGUGCAGAUCGACGACUCCUACCUGGUGGAGGCGGGUGACCGCCAGAAGCGCUGGCAGUGCCGCAUGUGCGAGAAGUCCUACACGUCCAAGUACAACCUGGUGACGCACAUCCUGGGUCACAACGGCAUCAAGCCGCACUCGUGCCCGCACUGCAGCAAGCUCUUCAAGCAGCCCAGCCACCUGCAGACGCACCUGCUGACGCACCAGGGCACCCGGCCCCACAAGUGCCAGGUGUGCCAGAAGGCCUUCACGCAGACCAGCCACCUCAAGCGCCACAUGCUGCUGCACUCCGAGGUCAAGCCGUACAGCUGCCACUUCUGCGGCCGCGGCUUCGCCUACCCCAGCGAGCUCAAGGCCCACGAAGUGAAGCACGAGAGCGGCCGCUGCCACGUCUGCGUCGAGUGCGGCCUGGACUUCUCCACCCUGACCCAGCUCAAGCGCCACCUGGCCUCCCACCAGGGCCCCACCCUCUACCAGUGCCUCGAGUGCGACAAGUCCUUCCACUACCGCAGCCAGCUGCAGAACCACAUGCUCAAGCACCAGAACGUGCGGCCCUUCGUGUGCACGGAGUGCGGCAUGGAGUUCAGCCAGAUCCACCACCUCAAGCAGCACUCCCUCACCCACAAGGGCGUGAAGGAGUUCAAGUGCGAGGUGUGCGGCCGGGAGUUCACCCUGCAGGCAAACAUGAAGCGACACAUGCUGAUCCAUACCAGCGUCCGGCCCUACCAGUGCCACAUCUGCUUCAAGACCUUCGUGCAGAAGCAGACCCUCAAGACGCACAUGAUUGUACACUCGCCUGUGAAGCCAUUCAAAUGCAAGGUGUGUGGGAAGUCCUUCAACCGCAUGUACAACCUGCUGGGCCACAUGCACCUGCACGCGGGCAGCAAGCCCUUCAAGUGCCCCUACUGCUCCAGCAAGUUUAACCUCAAGGGCAACCUGAGCCGGCACAUGAAGGUCAAGCAUGGUGUCAUGGACAUCGGCCUGGACAGCCAAGACCCCAUGAUGGAGCUGACGGGCACGGACCCCUCGGAGCUCGACAGCCAGCAGGAGACGGAAGACUUCGAGAACGCCUAUACGUACGCUGGCGUGCACAGCAGCACCGAGGCCAGCGUCCUCACCGAGCAGGCCAUGAAGGAGAUGGCCUACUACAACGUGCUAUAGCACAAGCCGGGCGCCCACAGGGCGAGGAGGGCUUGGGACGCGGGGGGAGACCCACGUGCCGCGGGCGCACCUCCCGCGGCUGAGAAAGCUACUGCCCCGCUGUCCCGAGCCCUCCCCUCCCACGGAGUCGUUUGCACCACUUCGGGACCCGUAGACCAAAUGGAGACUGUACUACUGGCCUCAGCUGUGAACCAGGCCCAGGCCCCAGGCAUCUGGGGGAGGAAGGAGAGCACAGGAGGCCCAGCUCUGGGUCUCCUUGGCCUGCUGCUGUGGGAGGGUGGGAGGAAUGCUGAUCGGGCCGUUGGGGGAUAGGCCACAGGGGCACGGGUCCUUGGGCCUCUCCAGGGGCCCAGCCGAGCUGGGGCAGCCAGUGGGGAGGGGUUUGAUCGCUUCCUGUCCGCUCCUCCUGGGGUCCCGGCACUGGAGGAAGAGAGAACGUGAGUCUUGCCUUGUUUCUCCUCUGGACCAACUCCUGCCUCUAGGGAUGUUUGAGCUCCUGUGCUGGUCAGCACUGCCCCCCUGAUCCCUCACCAGCCCCUGGGCCGCCAAAAGCCCAGGCCCCAGAGCCCCCCUUCCCCACCUUGUCCAUAAACAGCCAGGCAGGGCCCUCUGCCUUCUACCUCCUGGUGCCUCCCGCGCUCUCCUCCAGCCAGGCAUGCAUGCCGCCCCGGUCCUGGCCUUAGGAAAGCAGGGUGUAGCCCGGCCCCCGGCGAAUGCCCGCUCCAGCCAACCCCCAGAAGGCCCCCCCUCCAGCCAUUUAAAAGUGGGUGUCCCUAAAGUGGAUUUCAACAAAUGUCAUCCGGUUCUGUGCUGAACUGGUCCCCGCACCAGGGUCCCCCGAUGUGAACAAAGCUGGGAUGUGCCUUUCGCUGGGCACACACUGAGACAGAUGGGGGCCCCCUCGAGUGAGGGGCAGGGCACAGCGAAGGGAUCACGGGGACUGAGAGGGGCUGUCCCCAGAGGAGGCCAAGGACCACCUGGGGGGUGGCUGGAGUAUUUUAUUAUUAACAAGUAUCCAUUUUGAGGAUGGGGACAGCCAAGACUCAACAGGUUCCCAGAAAGAACAACAUAGUUAAAAAGAAAAUGAAGACCAUAGAGAUAAAAAAAUUUUUGAGCAAAAGGGGUAUUUUGAAGGUAAUUUAUUUUUUUUUUUUCCUUUCCAACUCUGUCACCUAUUCUUUCUGCUGGAGAUCAUUUUCUUUUUCCAAAUGGAAGCUCCCUUGUGUGCCGUGAGCGCUUCACGCCUCCCCGAGCUCCGGUGGCCCGCCAGGCAGGACUCCGGCGCGGAGGGGGGUUGGCAGGGAGCCUCGGGCCCUGGCGAGAGGCAGGACGCAGAGCUGGGCAGGCCCUCCGCCCCUGCCCGGCCUCUCCAGCCAGUGACUCGCUCUGCACCACCCACCUCAGCGGCCAAGGCUGCUCGAUUCUGCUCAGCCGACAGCUCCCUCCCUUGCUUGCCUACUCUCAUCGCCUCUGUCCCCACGCCAGCUCCUGCCCCGGGAACCGAAGACAGGCCCAGGGCAUGAAAUAGUACAUUCAGGAAUGCUAGGGCACCCGGACUCCUGCCCACUCGCCUCCUGAGGCCUCAGUGGAGAGGGGGCAGGCAGGGCUGUCCCCAAAGGCACGAAGGAGGUGAAGCCACCAACUUCGGCCCGGAAACCAGGAAAGGAGGGGGAACAGCCGGGGGGGGGGGGGACCAGUUUGAAAUGCAGCUGACUACCCCCAAAGCUGUACCCUUAGUGAAGGACCAAGCCAGGCUUCAGGGUGGCUGUGAUCAGGACUGAGGGGAGGACAAGGUGGCCUCGGGAUCAGGCAGCCAGGUGCCCCUUCCUUCUCUGCUUAAGCUCAUGCUAAGAGGCAACAAACGAGAGGACUGGGGGCUCAAAGGAGCCUUUUCCCCUCCAGAACCCCGAGGCCCCCCCCCCAGCCCCCCAGGUGCCCGCCAUGAUGACCCUCAGGUGGCAGUGACCCCGUCACUGUAGAAGACAUUUUCUCCUGCUGAGCAGAAGCAUCACCCCCUGCAAACUACCUCUUCCCACAAUGUCUUUCUCCCCUGGUACCAAAAAGAACCCUGUACCUCCUCCUUCUCCUCCUCCUCCUCCUCCUCCUCUUUCCUGCCAGCGCAGUGGCCUUGGUCUUGGAAACCCAAGGGAGACGGUCUGGCCCCCAGGGCGGGGCUCUCCUUUCCUCCCCCAGCCCUGCCAUCAGCUCGGCCCUCUGCGAGGUUCAAUACUUGAACGCCCCCUGCCCUGUGCCUUGGACCCAGGCAAAGCUAAGAGAAAGAAACAGCACAACUUAAACAAUUUGAGCUGGGGGGUGGUCUCAGCAAGGCUCCUGUCCUCACCCCUCCCCAACCUCUCAAGAGAGGCGUGCGGCCUCUUGGGUGACUUGGAAACUCCUGGACGAAUUCCAUUCUAACUUAUUUUGACGUGUAUACAAACCAACUGUUUAGAAAUUCCACUUGUGCAAAGCCCUACUGUGUUUUUAUGUUCCCGUUUAAGAGAGAAGUUUACUUAGCAAUAAUUAUAAAUAAAUGAAUAUUCUUUAGCGAGGUGACUGUGAGUGCUUCUUCCCGUGGUUCUUGGGGACUUGGUCCUCACCCCUCCCCCAGAAGGAACUCCCAACAAAGCUGCCCUGCCCCACACAGCAGGGCAUCCAUCGCUUGCUCUCCGAGGAGGGGAAGAAACGCAGACCAUCCUUCAGACCAUCCUUGGCAUUGGAAUGGCCACCUGCAGGGCCAGGCGCCUACGGGGAGCCGCUCCAAGCCCAAGAGAGGAGGGCUGCGGCCAAGGCCCCAGAAUUCCCACCACUUGCAGAGAAAAGCCGCUUCUCCUCUUGACCCACCGACAGGGUACCAGGACAGAAGCCAGCUCACGACGCCAGACUGCGCCUCCGAGGCUGCCAGCCCUUCCUACUGACGGGCAAGAAGGGGCCGGAAACCUUGAGCUUUGCCCCAGGAGUUGGGCCCUCAAGCAGAGCCCAGCUUUUCUUCCCACAGCCCUGGGAGUUCAGUAUGAUUACUGCAGACGCGCGGUCCUUCAAAUACACGGAGGCCACCAGGGUGAGGGGCGGUUGGAACUCAUCUCCAAGCUACCGAGGGUCCCAGCUGUCCAGUUUCAAGAGCUAUGAGAGUCUCCCCCGCCCCCAACCCUGGAAACUGGGGAAAUGGACUUUGGGUCGCCAAGUAUCUGUUAGAUCAGGUGAAAAUGGCACAACUCUUCCCUGCCCCCAGCAUCGAGACACCAAAAGUAGAAUAUAUUCCCUGCACAAAAAGAUAGCCCUUCAAGUUGGAUCUGUUUUGCUUUACUGCAACUUUCCAUCUUACUUUUCUGGUUUUGCCAAAGAAUGGCGAGGAGGAACCCAAGUUAGGGACCCCGAUGGGCCUAGACUACACGGGACCUCCAUUCACAGUCCCAGCCCCGAGCCCCAGGCAGCCGUGCAGAGGGCCGUGAAGCCACCGCUGUGUGGAACCCAUUCUGAGGACCAAGCAAAGGGUAAAGAAAGAGGUCUCAAGAUUUUUAGGAGGUUAAAACUAACCAAGCAAAAAAAUCAAUCGAUCAAUCAAUGGCAACGUAACCAGAAUCUACCAGGAAGUGGUAACAAUCCCCAAGUGGAGAUCAGCAUAUAGGAACCGGAUCGUGUUUGGUAAUUUCAGGCCUGCACACCACAGGCCCAGCGGCUGGCCGGGCGGCUCCCGUAGAAUUCAGGACACUCACCCUGC